UCAGGGACUCUGAUCUCAUUAAAAUCCUGAAACCACAGUGCCACGUGUUCAGUACAUGCCAAGAUGAAAUGUUCGCUGUAGCUGAGCUGAAAAAGGAGAUAAAGGACUAUAGCAAUAUCAGACGAUACGACUCACAGCAAAAUGUUAUCUGACAAAGAAACAAAUGCACAUCAAAGCAGCCAGAUGGAGUUAAUGGGUUUACAAACAGAGGAAAUUGUUAAGAAAAAAACACUCCUGAAAUACAAAAUACUCUGUGGCAUUCUUUUAGUCUCUUUGGUGGUUAUAUCACUUGGACUAGGCUUGGGACUAGGACUAAAACAUGAAGACCAAGUACAAGUCAGCUGCAGAAACAGAUGUAAUGAGCCAUUUAAUAAAAAGGGGCAGGGCUGCCAGUGUGAUGGUGGCUGUAAAGAGCUUCAAAACUGCUGCUGGGAUUAUGAGGGUACCUGCCUGGAACCAACUCAGAUAUGGACAUGCACUAAACUCCGUUGUGGUGAGACACGGAUAACUGGAAGCCACUGUUCUUGUUCUGAAGACUGCCUGGAGAAAAAAGACUGCUGUGUAGACUACAAAAGUAUUUGCAAAGGUGAAACGCCUUGGGUGAAAGAAGCAUGCCCGUCACUCAACACUUCUCAGUGCCCAGAAGGGUUUGAUUUGCCACCACUUAUCCUUUUUUCGAUGGAUGGUUUUAGAGCAGAAUAUUUACAAACAUGGAGUUCUUUACUGCCGAAUAUCGAAAAACUCAAAACAUGUGGCACGCAUUCAAAGUACAUGAGAGCUGCUUACCCCACCAAAACCUUCCCAAAUCACUACACUAUUGUCACGGGUUUGUAUCCAGAAUCUCAUGGUAUCAUUGACAACAACAUGUAUGAUGUAAACUUGAGCCAGAGUUUCUCACUUUCUGGGCAGGCAAAAUUCGACCCUAUCUGGUGGAAAGGACAGCCAAUCUGGCUGACAGCGAUGUAUCAGAAUUUGAAGACUGGCACCUUCUUUUGGCCUGGAUCAGAUGUACCUAUUAAUGGAACAUACCCCAAUUUGUACAGGUUGUACAACAACUCAAUUAUAUAUCAACAGAGAAUUUCAGAAAUACUCACAUGGCUUGAUGGUUCCAAAUCUGAGAGGCCAGAUUUCUAUACUUUGUAUAUUGAAGAACCUGAUAGUUCUGGACACUCAUAUGGACCAGUUAGUGGUGGAGUCAUUAAAGCCUUGCAGUUAGCAGACGAGGCAUUGGGAAUGUUAAUGGAGGGGCUAAAACAGAGGAACCUGCACAACUGUGUAAAUCUCAUUGUUUUGGCUGAUCAUGGAAUGGAUAAGACUUACUGCAACCAGUUAGAAUACAUGACAGAUUAUUUUAAUCAAAUUAAUUUCUACAUGUAUGAUGGGCCUGCAGCUCGCAUUCGGGCUUACAAUGUUCCAGAAGACUACUUUACUUUUGAUUCUGAAGGAAUUGUUAAAAACCUUACCUGCCGAAAACCCAACCAACAUUUCAAACCCUACUUGACACCCAACUUGCCAAAGCGAUUCCAUUAUGCUAACAACAUUCGCAUUGACAAAGUUCAUCUUAUGGUGGACCGGCAGUGGUUGGCUGUUAGGAAUAAAGAUUAUACAUUUUGUGGUGGAGGUAAUCAUGGCUAUGACAAUGAAUUUAAAAGUAUGGAGGCUAUCUUCAUAGCACAUGGCCCAAGCUUUAAAGAAAAAACUGAAGUGGAACCUUUUGAAAACAUAGAAAUUUAUAAUCUAAUGUGUGAUCUGCUGCAUAUUAAACCUGCACCAAACAAUGGAACUCACGGCAGUUUAAAUCAUCUUUUGAAGACGCCUUUCUAUAAUCCCUUGCAUUCAAAAGAAGAAUCACCUCCAUCUUCAUGUCCCUUUACCACAUCAACUCCUCUGGAUGAGUUAGGUUGCACAUGUGCCUCACUAGCAGUUCCAGGCAUAUUGGAAGCAAUAAAUGAAAGAUUAAAUCUCACCACAGAAGAAAUAAAGAAGGCAGAGACCUAUAAUUUGCCCUAUGGGAGACCUAGAGUUCUACAGAAGCAAAACACAUACUGCCUUCUUCACCAUCACCAGUAUGUGAGUGGAUACAGUCACAACAUCUGGAUGCCACUGUGGAGUGCGUACACUGUCAACAAAACUCAGGCAGACGCAUCUUCGCUUCCUUCCACUGUUCCAGACUGUCUGCGGGCUGAUGUUAGAAUCCCUGCUACUCAAAGCCAAAACUGCUCCGACUACCAGCUAGACCUGAAUAUCACCCACGGGUUCCUGUAUCCGCCCAAUUUCAAUGCAACUGGUCCAGAACAAUAUGAUGCCUUACUUACCAGCAAUAUGGUCCCCAUGUAUGAAGAAUUCAAAAAGAUAUGGAACUAUUUCCAUGAUGUGCUGCUUCUAAAGUAUGCUGGAGAGAGGAAUGGACUGAAUGUGAUCAGUGGACCAGUGUUUGAUUACAAUUAUGAUGGUCAUUUUGAUGCUCUUCAUGAAAUUACACAACACAUAAACAACACACAAAUCCCUGUCCCGACCCACUACUUUGUGGUGCUGACCAGCUGUAAGAACCAGUCCAAUACACCACUGAACUGUGCGGGCUCCUUGGAUGUUUUGUCUUUUAUCAUUCCUCAUCAACCUGACAACAGUGAAAGCUGUGCUGAUGGGCAACCAGAGUCCCAGUGGGUUGAAGAAAGAGUUCAGGCUCAUGCAGCACGUAUUCGAGAUGUGGAACUUGUAACUGGGCUUGACUUUUACCAGGACAGAAAUCAGCCUCUCUCUGAAAUUUUACAGCUAAAGACGUUUUUGCCAACAUUUGAGACUAUCAUUAACUGAGCAUGUGUCAGUAACGUGGACAAAUAAAUCCAAGUAAAUCAAUGUUUCCUGCAAAGAAAAACCUACUACAGCUCUUCAAUUGAUCAAGAAAACAAACUUGUAAUACAAGAAACAUAAUUUUAUAUGCUUUUUCUCAAAUUUUCAGUCUUUUGUUGUUAUUUAGUAUGGGAUUGAAAUGGAUAGUUUUAAAUUGUUGACUGCCAGGUAAUUUUAUCUUAAAAAUUACUAAAAAUAUUUAGUCUACAGAAACAAAAACUGGUAGGCCAGCUCCUACUAGUGGGUUUUUUUACUGCCAACUCAGGGAUGUGGUUCUCACUAUUUAGUCACAGUGGUUCUUUUAUAUACCUUACAGGACACCAUGAUCAAGAUGAAGCAAAAUAAUCAUAGUUAUUAACCAGGGCUACGUUUUUUUAUUAAAGAAAGGAAAAGAAAAUAUUAAACAAACCAUCAACUGUUUACCUCCAUUACAAUUUCUUCUGUAUGUCUCUCAGAGGAGAGCUUUUAAUGGUGAUUACACCCCAGAGAGUGAACCACCUCUGGAGGGCACUUUUCUCUUAGUAUACUUUGGUCUUAACUUACCAUUUCCUCAAAUUAUUAUGAAUUCAUUUUAGUAUCUUACUAGAUACUUAAAACUGGUCAUGUAUUGGCAAAAGAAUUUAAGGGAAGUGAAGCUUGUCUAGUUAUUAUUAAUAAUAAUCUAAACUACUGACUUUGCCUAGCUAUAAACUCUCUUAACUAGGUCCUAUGAAACUGAAGGUAGUUAAAUUAGUUACUUAGAAGAAGCCAUUUAAGGAGCUGUCUGAAAACAGGCCAAUUACGGAUAUUAAGAAACUUAAAGCCACAUACAUUCCACUAUUUCUCUGUUUAGCCCCUGUCUCCUCUCCAGGAAUACCUGAUCUAACCACCUGAUGAUUAACUGGAGAAGCUGAUUGCUUUUUAAGGCUAUGUCUACACUGUGCACCUUACAAUGGCACGGCAGUGCCGCUACAGUUGUAAAGUAAGCAGAGUAGCUGCUCUUUGUUGCUGGGAGGGCUGUCUCUCCCAGCGACAAAAUAAAACCACCCCCAAACGAGUGGCAGUAACUUUGUCAACGGGACAGCGUCUCCUGCCGACAAAGAGCUGUCCACACCAGCACUUUUCGUCAUUAAAACUUUUGUCAUUUUUUUCACACCCCUAAGCGACGAAAGUUUUCAUGACAGAAGUGCAGUGUAGACAUGGCCUAAGUUACAAGAGCAUUUCAAUAUUCCAAUAAAAUCAUUAGAAGAGUUUUAAACCUAAUUCCUUGGCAUAUUUUAGUUAACUUCCUCUCACCAAUCAAUUUUCAAGCCUUUGCGGGAGGUUUUCCUUGGGUAAGUAGGUUUCUUCUUAAGUUCUUCUUUGUUUUUCUUAUCUGUCUGUGGUGGCUGUCUUGUGGAGUGCUGUUUGGGAGGGGUGGAAUUGUAUCCUUCAGUGUUUCUAUACCCUUCUUCCUAUGUUAAUGAAUUAUAGGGAGAAGGGGGCGGGAAACACCUCUUUUAGGUUUGUUUACAUUCAGAGUUGGUUGUUGUCAUCCUUUCAUUGGUUUCAUGCCUUCUGUGUUGGCUUAGGGCUUAUCUACACCAGAAAUGUUACAACGGCACAGCUGCAGCCCAGAGGGCUUCUCCUGUAGGUGGAGGUAAUCCACCUCCCUAAGAGGCAGUAGCUAGGUUGAUAGAAGAAUUUUUUCGUUGACCUAGACUUGUCUAUACCAUUGUUAGGUCAGUUUAACUACAUCUCUCAGGGAUGUGGAUUUUUCACACUGCUGAGUAACAUAGCUGGGUCAACCACACUUUUUAGUGCAGGGCAGGCAUUAGGUGACACUUUCAGGUCCUGCAUAUGCAGUCUGUUUUAAUGCAUAUGCAUAUGCAACCUUUCUUUACUUGCCUUUGUUCUUUUUGUGGCAGGAAAGCAUCAGAUAACUUUCAAAGCUAGCUUUAACUCUUAUUUUUUAUUCAGUUCAUUCUCUGAGAUAUUGUUACAAUUUUACUAAAAUUUGACAGGAAAUGAAAUUCUGUUUUCAAAAAGGCCAAACACUCCUGAUCUUCUUUAUAAGAAUUUUUUAAGACUGUUUUGAGAACUAAAAUUAAAUAACUUUUAGAAAGUUGUUGAUUUUAGCUUAGCUUAAAUUGUUGAUGCUAAUUUUUGGGAUGAUGCUUUUCUUGUCUUCCUGAAUUAGGUGAGGACUUGCUUGUGCACUGUCAGUAAUUAAUUAAUUCCCCAUUAAUAUAAAGAUUCUAUACUUAAAUGGUUUCUUUCACAGUUCAGUUUAGCUAGGUCAUUAGAUUCCAUGGUGGAACACAAAAACAUUUUUACUGUUUACGCAGCAAAGACAUUAGGGACUUUACAUUUAGCUACAUAUUUACAAGUAUGCAUUUCACAGAGUUUUGUCAUUAUAACAUUUAAAAAAUAAACAAAAGUUUUUCUCCAGUAUAAAUAGUAGGUUUUCUUGCAAGAGGGUGGGUGUUGGUGGAGCCCACUUUGCCUAGAUUUGUUGCACUGAUAACACACCCUACAUUCCUUUCAUACUCAUGUUUCUUUCUCAAACAUGAAUGUUUACAUGCUUGAUUUACUUGUUCAUAGAAGAUAGAAAUGGAAACCUUCUAAAUUUCUUUGAUUCGCUUAAUAUUUUGUAACUACUGGCUAAACAUAAAUAUUGUUAUAUGUCCAAUCAUCCUGGCUAUGGCAUUUGUGUAGCUAAUCUUUAUAUUCAGUAAAAGUGCAAACAAGUUUAGAACAACUUAA